CCACAGCCUCUUUCCGACCGCCAUCAUUUCUUCGCGUUGUAAUUUCAAAAGCGGAGAGGCUGCACGGUGUGAAAUCGCUCAUUACUGAAAGCUAAAACCAGAUUAACAGAAAUAAGUUCUCUACGGAUCUUCUUACAGGAUUUUGAACCCUGAUCAACAUGGAUUCGACGUCGGAGCGGAGCACUGUCUUGGCGCUUACGGAUGAUGCAGGUUACGCCCUUAAUGCGCUAAAUGCAAUUAGGGAUUUUGAGAACGAAGACGUCAAGCGCCCCGACCCUCUUAUUAUUAUGCAAGCUUCUUCUUUAGAUAAGCUGCCACUAGAAUCAUCCUCUGUAGACAAGGUCAUUUCCUUGUCUACCUCAGUUGAAUUUCCUGUGGAAGAGUUGUUUCCUGAAAUCUUUAGAGUUUUGACGCCUGGUGGGAUGUUGGUGGUUUACCGCAGUUUUCAGCCUGGGACAAAUGAAGUAGAUAAGGUAAUGUCUGCUAUUGAGUGCAAGUUACUAUUGGCAGGAUUUUUAGAAGGAGAACGUUUUCAACUAAAACCAAUUGCACAAUCUUUUGGGGUUAAGGCUAAGAAGCCAUCUUGGAAGAUUGGGGCUUCUUUUUCUAUUAAAAAGACUGUGAAAAGUCCAUUGAAAAUUCAGGUGGAUGAUGAUUCAGAUCUCAUUGAUGAAGAUUCCCUCUUAACUGAAGAGGAUUUUAAGAAACCCCAAUUGCCACCCGUUGGUGACUGUGAAGUAGGAAGCACAAGGAAAGCCUGCAAGAACUGUACUUGUGGAAGGGCCGAACAAGAGGAGAAAGUGCAGAAGCUCGAACUGACUAUGGAUCAGUUGAAUAACCCUCAAUCAGCUUGUGGCAAUUGUGGAUUAGGUGAUGCAUUUCGCUGCAGUACAUGCCCAUAUAAGGGUCUUCCUCCAUUCAAGCUGGGCGAGAAGGUAUCUCUAUCAGGAAACUUUCUUACGGCGGACAUUUGAACUUGAAGGAUGGUUUUUGGUGAAAAGUUCAAUUUUUAGAUACAUUCGAACUGCCUUACUGAGUUCUUUGAUUGCAGUUUAUUCGUUGUUCACAAAGCUGUAGUUCAUUCAUUGUUUACGAAUAUUGUGCCUGAUUCUGGAUGAGUGUGAAAGAACCAUAGUCUAUCCUGUUGAAUGCAGCGUGAAAGAGUAUGAAAGACCCAUACUUGGGAACA